UGAUGUCUCGAGUAAACGAAUACGUGUUUGAGUAUGGAAUACCAAAAGUAUUCCAUGAAGGUGUGCUUCGUCGAGUGACUCGAAAAAAUGAAAAUGCUAACCAAAAUUUUUGUAGAUCAUUAGAAAUACCGGAAUCAAAAAAGCACCUCGGAUAA